AAACCUGUUUCUUACUUCUUAGAACAGAAACAGAACAAAACACAACAAUAAAAUUAAAUCUUAUUUUUCUAAAAAAAAGAGAAAAGAAAAUGCAAAAAGUAGAAGAGAGUGUGAUGGAGUCGUUGGUGUGUCCAAGCUUCAGCGCCUAUUCCUCCAACACGCUCGACGACAUCGCGGAUCAGGUCACUCGAAACGACGUGCGUUUCCAAGAAAACGACACCGACUUCGAAUUCGUCGCGUUUCGCAAGGUCGCCGACGGAGUUUUUGUGGACAACAACACCACUCCGGCGUUCCCGAUCUUCGACCGCGACCUCGCCACCGCGGCGGAGGAGGACAGCGGAGAAGGAAAACGGCGAGCUUCCGGCGAGGAGGAUGACGUGGCGGCUAUUCAGAUCACGCUCGGGAAGCUGCUGAUGGACGAUUCUUCAGCGUCGUGCUCGUCGUCGGAGGUGGAGGACGAGCUGGAGAAUGUUCCGCCGGGGACGUACUGCGUGUGGACGCCGAGGAAGGCGUCGCCGGCGCCUGCGACGCCGUGCCGGAAGAGCAAAUCGACGGGAUCGUCGUCGUCGAAGCGCUGGAAGCUUCUGGAUUUGCUGCGGCGGAGCAACAGCGAGGGGAAGGAGUCGGUGGUGUUCCUGACGCCAUCGUCGGUGAAUUCGGCGAAGAAGAAGGGAACGAAAUCGGAGACAGGAAAAAAAUCUCCGGCAAGUAGCGGCGGCGGCGAGAAGAGAAUUGUGGCGGUUCCGGCGGUGUCGGCGCACGAAGCGCUUUAUGUUCGGAACAGAGAAAUGAGAAGAGAGGUUAAACGACGGUCGUAUUUGCCGUAUCGACAGGAUUUGGUUGGUUUGUGUGUUAAUCUCAACUCCAUGGGCAAAGCAUUCCCUCUUCAUUUUUGACAAUUUUUCUUUUUUAUUAUAAAUUAUAAGCAACAAAAUUACAAACUCAAACUAGAUUUUAUAUUUUCUUUUUUUAUUUUAGUUUUUUUUUUGUUGUUGCAUAUUUUGUAGUGACUAUAGUUGUUGUUGUUAUUAUUAUAGUCUCAUAGUCAAAAGUAACUUGAACAAUAUGGAGAUUCAGUUGCAAAACUCAAGGUUUUGUGUUUUUUAUUUGAAGGGUUGGUUUGGUUUGGUUUACAGUUAACGUGUGACCAUGUAAAUAAUAGUGACAAGUCCUUUUAGCGAGUAUGAAAUACAAUUUCAUGCUUAAGUUUUUUAUUUGUCUUUUUAAAUGUGGAUUUGAAUACUGUUUUUAGUCUUA